AUGUUGUCACGCUUCGUAUAUUAUAGUUCAAUUAUUAAUUCAUUAACACAUGAUCCAACAUCAAUAAUAGGUAUUAAAUUAUAUCAAUGUCGUAUAUUAAGAAAAUUAUCAUUUUCGUCAAUUGAUUGGACAAUUUUAAAAUCGAUUGAACAUGUUUUAUCACCUUUCAAUGAUGGAACUAUAGCUUUGUCAAAUCGACAUCGACCAAACAAUGCUCCAUUAACAUUGGAGAACAUACUCAAAAAGCACUUGUUAUCAACAUUUGAAUACUAUUUUGAAAAACAUGUGACAGAUGAACAAAACAUUAUUACAUUAGUAUCAGCAUUUCUUGAUCCAACAACGUACCGAUAUGUAACAGAUGGUCACCGAAAAGAAGCUGAAGCUAUUUUACUCAACGAAAAUUCAAUUAUUCAUUCAAAAUUAAAUUUACAAACAACAUCAUUAUCAUCUUCUCAAUCAACAGAUAUAACAUCAACGAUCAAACAAGAAAAAAACAAUUCAUCUGAUAUACUAUACAAUUUAUACAAAUCAUGUGGUUUAUCCUGUAAUAGAAUGUCGAAUAAUUCACACAAAUGGACUGUAAAAGAAGAACUUUGUCAUUAUUUAUCAACAGUUGAUGAAAAUCAAACUUUUUCUCAAUAUUGGAAUAACCAUAAAACUCGUUUACCAAUACUUUCAUCAAUAGUACGUCGUUACAACAUCAUCUCUGCAACUUCCAUAUCGAGUGAAAGUACUUUUAGCAUUUCAGGUUUCAUUCAAAGUAAGCACCGAGCUUCAUUAUCACCAGAGAUGUUAAGAUAUUCUAUGAUACUACGUAAUUGGGAUAUCAACUGA